AUGUGCAAACGUCAUGCGAGAUUCUGGAGCCACUUUCGUUCCAACAUCACUGUGCACAGAAAUCUGGUGUUUGGCAAAGCCGAGGAGCUUGAGGAGCUUGCGGUUGAUGCUCAGAUCCUAUCAUUGACACUUAGUUUGUCCGAACAUGACUACAACACUACCAUGCAGGAAGAGGAGUCUAUUAGGAAGCAGUGUGAUGAUAUCAUACGUGUGAAGCCCGAUCUUGUGUUCACCGAAAGGGUGUUUCUGAUCUUGCUACCAUGUAUGGAGAAUAGACUUAGUAUCGUAACUUUUGGGAAGAUCUUCGAAAAGUAUUUGUACAAUCGUGCGCUAGAUGCAUACGCACUUCGCCUAGAUGACACCGAUGAGUUACUUACGGAAACUGGUGAGAAUGGAAUUAACCUAUCGGGAGGACACGGAAUAGCUUUAGCUUCUAUCCGUGGUCAGCUCUUUUCCUCACCCAUAGGAAAUGAAUUUGAAGAAACAAGACCAGUGUACUUGGCAACGAACGAGCUAGCGUUUCUGAAACAUCCUACUCUCGUUACCGUUAUGAAGAAUGGAUUUGAAGAAUGGAAUGGUUCAACACGCGGGAUCUUACCAAGAAUUGAUGCAGUCUGGAAGAUUCACAGUCCUUGUUGGAGAAAUGUGAAAGGAAACAUGAAUCAGGAAAAGGAAGAAAUGAAGGAUUGA